AAAUUCAAUGUUUGGUGUCAUCAUAAGUAAAUAAAGGCUUUGACAACACGUUAGACCAACGUGUAACUCGACAAAAAAUUGCAUAAUUGCAGAAAUCCCCGCAAUGAUUUAAUUGAAAUGUGACCUUGCCUCAGAACUGUAUUAUGAUAAAUGUGGGUGCACUCAAAAUUUAAGACCACAAAUGGAGUUUGGUAAAGAUAAGUUGUUGCCAAUUACUGAUUCUGAUGAGAGUUUUUCUGACAUAACUUUCGUUGCCCCAUAUUCGCCCGAUAAAGACGAGCAAACGGGGCAACUGCAACUAGACCAAUUACUGAAGGAAAUCAAAGACAAUGUUUGGGGCUGUGACUUAAUCCUGUGUUUGUUCAUCUCUGCGUUGAACUCGUACAGGUCAGAUCGUUGUUUAAGGCCGUUUCCACCCUCAUAUGUAAAUGAAGAGGGAAAGAAUUUCACUGGAUUGAGAAGUACCUGUGAUAGCAUUCCACCUCUUACCACAAUUUUAAACGAACCAAAUAAAUGCUCACACGAUGUAAAAAAAUUGCUUAUGUGGCUGUUUUUAGAGAGGGGUCAUCCCACACUUAGAAGGAUUAGUUAUGCCAAUGUCCCGUUUCCGGGCAAAAUUAGUAACGUGUUCAGGCCCCAAUUUGUGUUUGAAGUUUGUUAUCACGAUAAAUACGAGUCAGUGUGGCUCAAAAGGCAGGAUGGGAGGGAGACAAUGUUUGCAUAUCAUGGCAGUGCUGUCGAUAAUUUUUAUUCGAUUCUUAAAGUUGGUUUGCAACAACACUUCAGCAUCGAAAAGGAGGUUUUAUUUGGAAAUGGAAUUUACUUAUCUAACGAGUUAUCAGUGAGUGCACAUUAUGCCCCUUUUGGUCAAACUUGGACCAAUAGUUGUUUAGGCAGUAAACACAGUGUGAUUGCAAUUUGCGAAGUAAUUAAUGAUGUUGAUAAGGUCAGAUGUCGAGACACCAAAAACAAAAGAAGAUCUCUUAAUGAAGACAGUUUGGGUGAAAUACCCGAGAAGUACUUUGUUGUAACUGACAGUGAUAUGGUUAGAGUUAAAUAUCUUAUGAUUUAUAGAAAAAAGAGAGUAUUUUCGGUAAAAUCUUACAUAGCUCAGCACCUCUUCCUGUGUCUUUUACUUUUGUACUUUUUUUUGAUCGUUGCCAUAAGGGUUUUUAGCAAUUCUGGUUAUGUCAGAUACUUAAAAAAGUUUUACCAAUUGUUGUCCUUUGACUAAUUUUAUUUUUCUAUAUUGUUAUUAUUUUUUUACUGUUGCCAAACUGGUGUACUUACUUAAUGAAAUUGUUUAGUAAAACCUGAGUAAAUAAAUGAGGUUGUUUUUAGUACAUACGCUAAUCAGUUUGAAAUUAAGUUGGAAACAUUGAAUAAUACAGGAAUACAGGAGAUAUGAUAAUUAUUAAAAUUGUAUUUUCUGUC